ACAGGAUGCUGGAACACGCAGUCCGAGUCGAGUGCCGUGAGGAGUAAGAAGGAAGAAAUCAGCUGAGAGGAGCGUCAGGGAUUCUAGUGGUCGUGUGUCUCUGUCGAUCUGGUCUUGAGGGUGUCAGAAGGUGGGGUGCGCUCACGAGGGGCUGAGGAUGUGAAAACUACACGGUCAGGACACGCUGCAAAGACUUGUCGUCUGCUGGGAGUCAGCAAAAUGGCCACAUUCCUUCUCUUCUUCCCGCUCCUGGCUGGCUUCUCGGCACUGGAGGCCCAACCUGCCCGCCAUCACCCUUCGUGCCGCAUCGUGGGCACGAGCAUGGUCUGCAGAGAUUUGAGCCUCACCAGCGCCCCCGUUGACCUCCCAUCGGGUGUCCAAGCACUGGACCUCUCACACAACCAGCUGCAAAACCUUAGCCGUAACACGCUUGCUGACCACACGAACCUUUCUCGCCUUGACCUGCACUCCAACAAGAUCCACUUUAUUCAGCCAGGACUUUUUGAAGCCAUGAAUGACCUCAAGGUCCUGGAUCUGUCCGGAAAUCGUCUCGACGUGUUUGCUCAGGCCAAAAUUCAAAUAGGAACACUUUCAGCCGUGGAGUCUCUGGAUCUCUCCGGUAAUGGCUUGUACACGGGGAUGUCAGACUUUUUUCUUUCUGAUUCACCAUCGCUUGAGGAGCUCUCGCUGAGCAGCAACAGCAUCACCAAGAUCGCUCAAAACACUUUCCGUGGGGCGUUGUCCCUGAGGAGGAUCAGCCUCCACAACAAUGUCAUUUUGGAAAUCGAAGAUGGCGCCUUCGAUUCUCUCGUCGGUCUGAGCGAACUGGACUUGUCCAUGAACUCAAUCGCUUGCAUCACUGAUUUCAAUCUGAGCCGCCUGAGAGUGUUGAACCUCAGCAGGAACAGCCUGGAGCUCUUCCAGAGUCCCAGCUCAGACGAGCCUUACCGCCUCACCUUUCUAGAUCUAAGUGAAAACAAACUGCUGUACUUCCCGCUACUGCCCGUGAACAACGUGAUCCUGCAUCUGGACCUUUCACGCAACCGUCUGCAGAGUGUUGACGCGUCUGACUCGGCAGAAACAAAGAUGCCCAUGACGGCUUUGAAGCACCUGAGACACUUAGAUUUAAGCUACAACCAACUCACAGGCUUGCCGCAGUCCUUUUUUCGCACCAUGAGUGCGCUGGAGGUCCUGAACGUGAGCAACAACUGCGUCACUUCAUUUUCUGUCACUGAAAAAGACCUUCUUCUCACAGCUAAGAUUGUCAACCUUAGCUAUAACUCCUUGCAGAGACUUUCUCUCAGGGAAGGCACUUUGUUGGCAUUGGAGGAGCUGUUCCUCCAAGGGAAUGCUCUUAGCACCCUGGCACAUCAAACUUUUCAGAGACUUCCGAGACUAAACUUCCUGAGGCUUGAAGAGAACAAUCUACGUGUGUGCGCCUCGGAGACAAAACCAGAUGAAAAUCCUCCAGGUUGUGUCUUGUUCUCUUCUGUUCCUAAACUUAAGAUCCUUUACCUUUCUGAGAACAAUCUGAAGAGUUUGCCUUGCAGAGCAUUCGCCGACACCCCUCUCAGUUUACUGGACUUGUCCGUCAACCCUGGCAUAGAGAUGCACCAAGACUCUCUAGCGGGUUUAGAGCACUCCCUGGUACAGCUACUCCUGAGGGAAAACAACAUAUCCAGGUUGAACGCGGACAUGUCGUCACUCCGGAGCUUAAAACUGGUGGAUCUGUCUACCAAUCAACUGACCAGUCUCCCCACGUGGAACAGAGAGUCGUCCAUUGAGACGCUCAACCUGCAGAACAACAGCCUGGUCACCCUGGAGAGCGCCGCCAUGGCGCCAUUGAAACACUCGCUGAAGACGCUCUACGUUGGCGACAAUCCUCUUAGUUGCUGCGAAAACCUGGACUUGGUGCAUCUGCUGCAGCACUCAGCCGUGGUGGUGCCUGACAUCGAGGCCGCGACCUGCAUUCUUCGUGAGGGCUUCGAACCAGUUAAUAUUGAGACGGUGACACGGGAAAUGUGCAGAGGGCGAAAGAAAGCCAACUACAUCGUCGUCAUCGUCUUGAUCGUGUUCUUGGCAGCCAUCGCUUUAGGAAUGCUGGUGAAAUACUGCAAGUCUAGCAAGCGGAAACCCAUCCGAAGAUUUAGCGCAUGAAGGAUAAUUCGCUUUGAUUUAGAGGUUAAAUUAAGUAAUCUGGACGCUACCUUGAAAACAAAGUUGACGACACUACGAAUGAUCAUGAAAAAGAAUAAGUGGCUACGUUUAGAUGGGCAACAUUUUGUAAAUCUGACCAGAGUUCAGAUUAAGAUUAUGAUUUGAAGCACGGUUUUCACGGACACUAAAAAUAUUAAUCCAAUCUGAACAAAUUAUGUUGACAUUUGCAGAUUGACUAAAUGUAGGAGAAAUAAUAGGAGAAAAAGAAACCGAUUCGCUUCAUUCAUAUCUACUUUACACUUUAGCGUUAUUAUCUGGUCUUUGCCUUUCCUUUAUUCUGCGACUUUAUUAUUAUUUAUUAUUAAUCAAUUUAUUCUCCGCGUUUUUUCGGCGCGCCGCACAGCCCGUACCGCUGCACCGAUCGGCACCGUUCAGGUAUCGACAUGUCCGGAAUUUUCGUGUGACUGUGGCUUUUGCUCAAACGGCCACGAAAAAUUUUCCGUUUUCACGUAAACACCGAUUUUCCGAUUUUUAAAAUUUUUUUCAAAACGCUACUUGUCCUACAAUUUUUGACCAAAUCACAUAGUAAUUUGGACAUCAAAAAUUCCGGGACGGUGAGGGGCAUAAAGAUUGUAUACAGAAUUUGGAAAAAAUUUACGGUUCCCUGGGAAUUUUCCAAAAACUUUCCCAUUUAUUUUUAACGGGAAAUGUCCCAUUUACUUUCAAUGGGAUUUCCAAUAGAAUCUACAUUGCAUUGUUGCCAUUGACGGCCAUGUAUGUCAAAUCUAUUGAUGCUAAUGGACUUGAAUUCUAUCAACGCCUAUGUAACCCAAUGCCAUUGACGGCCAUGGACGUCCAAAAUUUUCCCCAUUCGUUUUCAAUGGGAAAAACAAAAAAAAUCCCCAAAUCAACAGGAAAUGACCAGAUAUCAAUAGGACGUGUCCCCCAAACUUACCCGAUUCCAUUGACGCUUUGGAAGGGUGCUGCCAUUGACGGCCAUAGACGUCCAAAUUUUCCAUUCAUUUCUAAUGGCAUUUACUUUGUUUAAUGCCAUUGACGGGCAUGUUCGUCAAUUCUAUUGCUAGCCCUGGGCGGGGGUAAGAUCUGUAUCUCUACACGGCAAAGACCAGAAGUAAUUUCUCCCGAAAUUGCAGUUUCUAGUUUUGUGUAUUUUUCUCCGUUUUUCUACCUUCAGGUCUUUCAACAAUUGUAAGAUUUUUAAACAUCUUAAGUAACUUGUUCAUCUCAAAUACAAAUCAGUUCAGUCUUGCGCCCACCAUGUCUUCCAGGAAUAAUAAAAACGUGUAUAGUGAUGUCGCAAGACAUGCGCAGUAAAGACGGUUUGUGCCGAAAUUUUGGAAAUGUAUUAUAAAUCGACAUAAACCACCCCUCUCGUUGUGAAUAAAAUGUUGAUCAGAAUUGGCUCGAUCGGGUCAAAAUAUUCCGAUUGGGUGUGAACAUUUCGAUCAGGCUUUAAAUCUGAAUAAAUGUGUCCAUGUAAACGUAGCCAGUGUGAAGUAUAAUGUCAUCAUCAGAGUAUGGCGACAAAUCCACUGAAUACUUAUGAAGUAGUUUUGCACUUUACGCUUCCUCUUGGCUUUUGUACUAUUUGUGAACACUAAUGAUGAAGGAAAAAAUAUAUAUAAUUUAUUUUUAUGAAAGUGAAGAAUGGAUAUUUUCAUACUAUUGGACCGAGCACUCGCAAUGAGAACUUUGACACUGUUUUAACUAUGACGGAACACUUUUUUUGUAUGUGAUAAUGAAGAUGGACUCUGGUCUAUUUUAGGCACAUUUACACAAACGUCUAGACUUUGUUGUUUAUGUCGCGCUUACAAGUGGUCCUUAUCUGUAUGUUUAAUCGGUGGAAUAAAAUAUUUGAGUUCCAAUUCAACAGGGUGUUUGCGGGACGAUUUGAAUAGGUUCAGAAGAGGCCCUGGGGGAGGUUAAUUUGAAGCAGGCCUCACUCACUUUCCUGGUUUAUGUUGUUCUCAGUGAGCUGCCGGUGACUCAUGGUGACACUAAGCAGUCCUACUGAGAUCAAAGGAAAAAAACAUGACUACAUAGGAAUUAACAAACACUAAUUCAGAACAACUGAGGGUAAACUGCAAAGAUGGGCAAACAUUAGCCCCAGUAUUGAUCUGCAGUGCCCCAGUAUAAAUUUCCCUAGUAAAAAAAAAAUUGUACCGUAUUGGCCCGAAUAUAAUACGGCCCUGAUUAUAAGGCGACCCCCUCUUUUUCAAGACUCAAGUUUGAAAAAAGACUUUUUGAACACCAAAUUAAUUUUUAUACAGAAAAUAAUUACAGUACAUCCGAAACAAAUGAUUAUAACAAUAUAUUUGAGAGAAAAAGCAUGUUAUUUUGCCUCAUUCAAAUCUUAAUAUCUGAACAUUUAAAUAUGUAAACUAAAGUGCAAUCACAUUCGAAAAUGAAUGGCUUCCGGUUUUUGAAAUGUAAAUAAACCAAUCUAUUGUGAUAAAACAACAAAAUUGCAAUAACUGCAUUAACCAUCAAAGUGAAGUCUAAUUGUAACUGUAGUCUUGAAACAAAUUUGAAUAAGGAAAAACAUUGCAAUAAAAUAAUGCAAACUGGUAAAAUUCAGAGUAGUUGAGAUCUGUCAUGACAGAACAUUGCUUCAAUGCUAUCUGGCGCCAUCUAGCGUCGUGAAUGGGGAAAGCAGCUGAGAUCUGUCAUGACAGAACAUCGCUUCAAUGAUAUCUGCCACCAUCUAGUGUCGUGAAUGGGUAUAAUGUCUAGACUGCGAAUAUAAGACGACACCCUUUUUUUCAGUCUUAUUUCAAUGCAAAAAACACCGUCUUAUAUUCGGGCCAAUAAGGUACUUUAAAAUCCAGUUUUAAAUCUACAUAGCAUAAUCUACAGAAUGUGCCUAUUUAAUAUGGUCAUAAUAAUCUAUUCACUCUAGAUACACAAUCUGCACAUGACUCCUUAAUAUGUUAAUUUAUGCACAUAACUUUGGCUGUGAUAGGCAUACAGUGUGAGUCGAUACUUCUGAGAAGCACCCCGGGGAGAUAUGCUGCGUUCAUGUGUGUCGGGAGAUCUGAGUUCCCAAGUUGGAAAAUCGCUCUGAUGUGUUGUAAAGUCGUAAUGUGGGAUAAAAACAUGGUUGAUCACUUGCUACAAAGAAGAGUAACCCAUUUUAAUGCUCCAACGAUACACAUAUUGAGUGACUGUUUGACGCUAUAGACACCAGAGGUGGGUAGAGUAGCCAAAAAUUUAACUCAUGUAAGAGCAGUGUUGGGCACGUUACUUUAAAAAAAGUAAUUCGUUAUAGUUACUCACUACUUCUUCCAAAACCUAACUGAGUAACUGAAUUACUCUAUAGUAAAAGUAACUAGUUACCAGGGAAAGUAAUUAUUUCCGUUACCUUAAAAAGAAGUUGUUCUAUGUCAAAGAAUUUGAAAUUUUCUGAGCAGUAUUCGAGUCAGUUGAAAAGAGAAGAACAGACAGGUAGUUGUGAUAUAGAACCUUGUAAUAUUUAUUGCACCUCACCAGCAACAGAUUUAUCCUACACUUGAAGUGCAACAAAAAUAAACAGUAAACAAUAUAAUAAAAUAACAAUCAGCAGUAAACAAUAUAAAGUGAGUUUAAUCAAUUAAAUCUAACUCUCACAACCUGAGACAACUGGUCAAGUAGACAUAGCUUACUGUACUUCAAAUAUUUUGACUUGAAAUAGUGUAUACCUACACCUCUUAAAGGACAAAUUUUCCUCGGAAUGCUCUGCUAUCAUAUCCCUCUGCAUCUGUUCUGCGUGUGUGUGUUUGGCGCACGCGCUGUUCCGGUUUGUGUGAAAACACCGGCUCUGAUUGGCUUACCGUGACACAUGACUCUAACCCUCAGCCAAUCACAAUCACUUCCAUCACAUCUAUCCAGGUGGUACAUGCAGGUAGCCUCGUUCCCCUACUCCUCCCGUCACCCUCAAAGCGUCUGCCGUCCUCAAGAUGGAAGCAGCAUUCUUGCUGGCUGACAGUUGGGGAUGGGAACGAGGCUAGCAAGGUGUAGCAAAAACAGAAACGUUAGCCAGCUUUGGAAAGCAUUGUCUAUUUGAAUGAGCAGGGACAAACAGCCUGGAGUCAUAGGAAGUACAUGCUGUAAUAUUCUGAUACAGAAUUAUCCGAGGCACCCUAAAGUGCACACAGCGCCAAUAUUGUUUUGCUCACAUGAUGCGGGAGUGAGUUAGAGACACGGCCUGCCGAGAGCUGUACGUUUGAAGUUAUAUGUGCUAUUAAAGAAACAGAGUGCCAGCACGUCCUGUGUGGUAUAUCUUUGCUAACAAAAAUCACAAAACAAAACACGUGCGCUAUUCUCGAACCUGAACGCACCCCUAGUCUUGGAUGACAAAUAAACAGAGCAGAGUAGACUCGCUACGGCUGGUAGUUUCUUCAAUUUAUUCAGAAUAAGUACGCACCGCUUUUGACCGUCAGUAACGGUAACGGCGUUGUAACAGUGGAAAAAAAUAAUUCGUUAGAUUACCCUGUUACUGAAAAAAUAACGCCGUUAUGCAACGGCGUUAUUUAUAACGGCGUUAUUCCCAACACUGUGUAAGAGUAGCGUUGGUUCAAAAUAAUAUACUAUUGUCUGAGAUGAAAGAAAAAAAUCGACAAAUAUUACUCAAGUAAAAGUAGACAUUCAAAACAAUGUACUCAAGUACAAGUAAAUAAAAGUAUCCGGUGAAAAGAAUACUCAAGUAAUGAAUAACAUUGUGAGUAACUGCUUAUUUUUGUUUGUUUGUUUCUUUUUUAAACAAUGCUAUUUUAGUUCUCUCAGGACAAACUUAUCUAUAUGAACUGUCAUUAUCAGGAUACAGUACAAUAACCCAUUACAUAACCACAUUAAACAAAACAAAACAAAAAAACAACAACAACAUUGAAUUCCAGUGAGAGGAUAAAAUGACAAAAACAAAGCAUAAUUCGUUCAAAGAGCAUGAGUGCCUUCCAGUGGAGAAAAUAGUUACUAGUUUGAAUAGUGAAUAGUUCCUUUAUAGUUGUUAUUAUAAAAUUACAAGGAUCAUAUCUCCGGUUUUCUGUGGUCAAUCGACGCCGAAUAAAAACUGGGAGAGAGGUUUACAUCUGCGCUUUCGAGUCAUGUUGAGGGCAGCGCUCUAUGUCACAUUCUUCAUUUUUUACGGUGCUUUAAAGACGCCACGUGAUUGAACAGGCUGGCUUGAUCAUGGAACGGCAAGCUUGCGUCAGAUUGGUGUAAUGGAGUCAUGUGAUUAUUGUUGCGACGUCUCAUUGGGGAAAUUUGUAGGGCUACUCUUGGCAUUGCUGGCAGAAAAAAAAUUCUAAUAAGCAGGGGUGAAAGUGGGCCAGAACGGUCAGGAACGCAGUUCCGGUAUAAGAAUCAGGGCCAGAACGCAGUUCUGGUAUAAGAUUCAGGGUCGGAAUGCUGUUCCGGUACUCAGUGCUUUGAUUCCAAAAAUAUGACAGCAUCUGUCAAAACGCUAUGUAAUUAAAAAAAAUAAAAGAAAAUAAAAAAAAGUGGUUCAAAUGUGCAUUUUCUGGAACAUCAAAAAAAAAAAAAAAGGUUGUUCAAUUGAUGCGACAAAAAAGGGCAACGCAACAUAAAAUGGAUCAAAUAUUUAAGAGCAAGGAAAGAGUUGAGGAGGCUUAUUUAUCAUAUUUAGCUUUAUUUGCUCUGAUGGGGAGGUUCAGAACAUCUUAGCUGUCAAUGUGCACUUUGGACGGAUAUUUAUUCAUUUAUGUUAAGCUACUUAUUCAUUUCCUUAUGAUUUAAAAAGUCAAUGUUUGCGCGAUCUUCAAAAUAUAUU